UUGAAUUAGACAAAUGUAGUAUUUAUGUAAUUUAUUGCUGUAAUUGAUGGGAAUUUUCAUAUAGUCUUUACCAUGGAUCAUUUAGCUUACUUCAUUUAUGUGCAUACAAAGUUUGAGCUGAGCAGAAGCUCGUACAAGGAGGGAAAAAGAUAGACAAACCACCACUUGAAUAGUUUCAAUGUAACUAUUUAUAUGUGAUCCAGAAACCCGCUUGUAUGCAUUUGCUGAUUUAUCUUUGUUAUUUCUUUUUGCGCAAAAUUUUAUUAAUGCUCAAAUUUCAUAAAUUUCACACGUACAUAGAUGUUUUCGCUUUGUACAAAAUUUUGUAAAAGCUCAAAUUUCAUAAAUUUCAUAUGUACAUAGAUGAUUUCGUACUUUAUUCAUUCAAAUUUUGUUGGGAUUUCUCGACCUGACCCUGAUCCUUUCCAUGUCCGGUUCAAUCCCGAGUUCCCUUCCCCUUUCUGCAGCUUCAAGCCUUCGGCGAGCUGCAACCAAACAGUUGACGCUUUAACAGCCCCCUCUCCCCGUUGAUCCACUUCUGCCAGAUUUGCCCAUCUUGGUCUCCCAAUCCUCGUCGGGCGGCGAAGGGCGGCAAAAAAAUGCUGCAGUGCAUCUUCCUCCUCUCCGAUUCCGGGGAGGUGAUGGUGGAGAAGCAGAUGGUGGGGCACCGCGUGGACCGCGCCAUCUGCGGCUGGUUCUGGGACUACGUCCUCGCCCACGCGGCCGGCGACCCGUCCAAAAUCUUGCAGGUUGUGGUGUCACCAACACAUUACUUGUUUCAAAUAUAUCGCAAUGGUGUAACGUUCUUGGCAUGCACCCAAGUGGAGAUGCCCCCACUGAUGGCUAUUGAGUUUCUCUCUCGUGUAGCUGAUGUCUUGACAGAUUAUCUUGGAGAUCUGAAUGAAGACAUAAUCAAGGACAACUUUGUAAUUGUAUAUCAGGUUUUAGAUGAGAUGAUGGACAAUGGUUUUCCACUUACAACUGAGCCAAACAUCUUGAAAGAGAUGAUUGCCCCACCUAAUAUUGUGAACAAAAUGUUGAAUGUUGUGACUGGUAAAAGUUCUACUCUUGGCAGCAAACUUCCAGAUGCAGCUGCUUCUUUUGUACCUUGGCGAUCAACAGUAGUCAAGGAUGCGAGCAAUGAAGUCUACGUUAACAUAGUUGAGGAACUUGAUGCAUGUGUAAACAGACAGGGGGUUCUAGUGAAAUGUGAAGCAUAUGGUGAAGUUCAAGUAAACUGCAGCCUCCCAGGUGUACCAGAAUUGACUAUGUCAUUUGCAAACCCUACAAUUAUCAAUGAUGUUACUUUCCACCCCUGUGUCCGAUUCAGGCCUUGGGAGUCAAAUCAGGUCCUAUCAUUUGUUCCCCCCGAUGGGAAGUUCAAGCUCAUGAGUUACAGGGUUAAGAAAUUGAAGAAGACACCCAUUUAUGUGAAACCACAGCUGACAUCAGAUUCUGGGAAUUGCCGUGUUAGUGUGAUGGUGGGGAUCCGAAAUGAUCCUGGGAAACCCAUUGAUUCUAUAACAGUCCAGUUUCAAUUGCCCCCUCUUAUAGUUUCUGCAGAUUUGACUGCAAACCAUGGCACAGUUGACAUCCUUGCUGACAAGACUUGUCUCUGGACAAUUGGGCAGAUACCAAAAGAUAGAGCACCAGUGCUCUCUGGAAAUUUACGUCUAGAAGAAGGACUUGCUCAGUUGCAUACACUGCCAACAUUUCAGGUGAAGUUUAAGAUUAUGGGAGUUGCUCUAUCUGGUCUUCAAAUUGAUAAGCUGGAGGUGAAAAGCACGCCUAGUGCUCCAUACAAAGGUUUUAGAGCCCAGACCCAAGCUGGAAAAUAUGAGGUCAGAUCAUAGGUGCUUUCAGAGGGCAUCUGUUAGUUUUGCCCUCAAAGCAAAUGAUACCGUGGGCCUGGUGCAUGGGCUGUCAACGCAUUUUUGGUUAUCUUUUGAUGAUCAAUACUCCCAUAGCCAGCUUGAUUGCGUCACUUUAACCUGUGCUGGGCCCAUCACUGCAUUUCAAGGAGCCUGCCAUUCUUCCGAUCAAUAGAUGUCCUGUGCCUGAAUCAGAUUCUCCUGCCUAGUGGGAGAGCAACAAAAUAUUGCCACUCUGGCUUGUGUAGACAAAAAUGCUGCCAAAUGAAUGCCUACUGGCUGAGAUCAAGGUUUUGAAUUGUGGCACAUUGUCAUGUUUGCUUCAGUAUGCAAUUAUGUAUGGAAUCCUUGUUUUGCCCAAGGAAUAUCCAGAAGAAAUGCUGUGUUACUUUUUCUGUGAGUCUAUUACCCCCCCGAAGCAACAAUCAGGGCCGUGUAUAUCAAUUGCAAGCAAUUGUUGAAAACAAGGAUUUGGUUUGGAUGCAAUUUUCAUAAGCAAGUUAUAGCCAAUCAAUGAUACAUCAGCUCGGUCUCUCAUAUGUACUCAUAGAGGUACGUUGUGUGACCGAGUGUGUAUUUGAAUAUUGUACCGUGUUUAAAAAAAUCGAUGCAGUUGUCUGAAUUCGAGUCUUUGAGAGGAGAAUGGUGGGUUUUUUUCCCUUUGAUAAACAGAGGUUUUAUUUAUUGCUUAAAUGCAAGUAACAUCGAUGAGGCUGAAAUUGCCCCACUGUACAGAUUGCAGUGCCAAUCUAACUGGACUCUCUGAAGUAUGGCCUAUAUGAACGCAAGAGAACAAGCAGGUGGAGUUUUGUGGAUGAUGCCAAGCCUCCUUUGCUAGUCUUUGUGCUGUUGGUUGGGCGAGCGUGGAAUCUUCAGACAUUUGAAAGUUCUUCCCUGAUUAUUGUUCAUGAAAUCUGUUAUCAGGGGGUCUUGUACGCCAGUCUGCUGCUUGAGAUAUUGGAUCAUUGCAUAUCAGGUUGGCAACCAAAGUCUGCUUGUCGAUGACGUAGUUGAUGCAGUCCAAAUUUAGUUCCUUGAUUAUCUUGGAAGCGAGGACCUGUGCUUCAGCUUCAAACACUGAAGUUGCAAGUCUUCAUCGCGCUCUAAUCAGGAUGCCAUUCUGGAGAGCAGAGGUGGCAUCGUGAAUGAAAAUGCCCAAUCCUGCCUGCCUUGGGUGCCUUCCCUGUUCCUCUGGUGCAAUUGCUGCAUCUGUGUAGCAGCGUGGACCUGCAAGAGGAGCUUGUGUAGUGGCAUGUGUAGUAUUAGAAGCAAUGGGGUUCCAUUGCUUGUUUUGAGUCUAUCUCCUCCCUUCCAUAGGAAAGUAGAGCAGCCAUUUCCCCUUUUGUUGCGUAGUGCACUUGGUUUACGGACCAUGUUUUGUUGUUGAAUCUGUGAUCAUUCCUUGCUUUUCCAGAGGUACCACAAAGUGGUAAGCACUUUUUGAAUUUCCUGCUGAUCUGGUGCAGGAUAUAU